GUGCGCUGGAUGGGCGGGGCCGGCUGGUAGUUGAGGCUGCGCGUGUCGUAGAACGUUCGCUGGUUUCAUUAGAUCAGUGCAGGCAGACUAGGCUCCGCUGUCACCGGCCACAUGGGGGCGCACAUCAGUACGUUGGGGCAGAUCGUGGGGUACCCCUUCUACCUCGUCUUCUCCAUAUUCAAGAGGCUUUUCGGAAAGUCUGCGCCGGCCAUCACCUUGGAGAGCCCAGAUAUUAAAUAUCCGCUGAGACUGAUUCUCAAAGAGGAAAUCAGCCAUGACACGAGGAGGUUCCGCUUUGCUCUGCCGUCUCCUGAGCACAUCCUGGGUCUCCCCAUUGGCCAACACAUUUACCUGUCGGCCAGGAUAGACGGGAAUCUGGUGGUACGUCCCUACACCCCGGUGUCCAGUGAUGAAAACAAGGGCUUUGUGGAUCUGGUUGUUAAGAUCUACUUUAAAAACAUCCACCCCAAAUUCCCCGAAGGAGGUAAAAUGUCUCAGUAUUUGGAGUCGCUGAGAACUGGGGAGACCAUUGACUUCCGCGGACCCAGCGGCCUUCUGACUUACGGAGGGAAAGGAAGUUUCCAGAUCCGAGCAGACAAGAAAUCUGCCCCAGUCACGAAGAAGGCGAAGCACCUGGGAAUGAUCGCCGGAGGGACAGGAAUAACCCCGAUGCUACAGCUCAUCAAUGCUAUUAUGAAGGACAAGGAUGACCAUACAGUGUGCUAUCUACUCUUUGCUAACCAGAUGGAGAAGGAUAUCCUGCUGCGAGAUGAUUUGGAGGAACUUCAGGUCAAUCACGGCUCCCGCUUUAAGCUAUGGUACACGCUGGACCGCGCUCCUGAGAAGUGGAAUUACAGCCAAGGAUUCGUCAACGAGGACAUGGUCAAGUCCUUCAUGCCGCCUCCCGGGGAUGAUGUCCUGAUCCUGAUGUGUGGCCCGCCACCAAUGGUCCAGUAUGCCAUAAACCCGAGCCUGGACAAGCUGGGCUACCCCCAGGACAGGAGGUUUGCCUAUUAGUCCCCCGUGACCGUCCCCACCC